AUGGAACUCCCUACUCAGGGGCGGAGCCUAUACUUCACCCCUCGGGAGACGGUAAUCUUCGGGUACCUCUUUGACCUAGCGGACACGGACGAUGAUGGUCUAGUCGGCGGGAACGAUGGCGGGCACGCUCUCCUCGGCCGCUCGCGCUUGCCGCAGUCCACGCUGCAACGCCUGUGGGCGGAGGCCGGGGGGGAAAGCCCGGACGAGUGCCUGGCGCGUCCGCAGUGGUUCGUGCUUGUGGCGCUGGUGGCGCUAGCGCAGGCCGGACGGCCGUGCACCCUGCGCGACCUGCUAAACACCUGCGACGUCGUGUCGUCCGCGAGCGCGCCGCCGCCGCCUCCGCAGGCGUUCCAGCAGCAGAGCAGCAGCAGUGGCAGCAGUAACGCGGGGCGACUGCUGCGGCCGAUCCCUGACUUCUUCCUGGACGGGGGUACCCCGCCCCCCCCGCCUGUGGUGGCGGCGGUGGCGGCGGCCGUGCCGACGAUGAUUGCGGAGGCGGCGGCGGAGGCGUGCCCGGCUGGAGUAGGAACAACAGGGGCGAACAAGCACCCCAGAGGGAUGUCAGGGAAGGGGGGACGAACGGCCGACGUCCCCGGCUCGCGUGGUGGACAACGAGGGGGGGCCGGCGCUUCGGAACAGUCCGGGUGGCGGGAGGAAGGGGGCCCCGCGGCGGCGGGGGGGGGCGAGGAGGGGGGGCAGCUGGAGGUCACCGUGUACAGCCACCGGGUUGUUGGGGAGGGGUACGGUAGCCAUACCGAGUACACCGUGCUGGCGAACGCGUCCCUGCCUGGGUUUGCGAGGAGGGAGAUGGAGGUGGCGAGGAGGUUCAGCGACUUCCGCUGGCUCCACAGCUGCUUCCAAGCCAUCCCGGGCGUGUUGGUGCCACCGCUGCCUCCAUCCAAGUGGGCGGGCAGCAGCAGCCGAGACUUCGUAGCUGAGCGCAUGAAGGGCCUGCAGAGAUACAUGACCAGGGUGGCUCAGCACCCCAUACUAAGCCGGCACUACGUGUUUCAGGUGUUCCUAGAGGGAACCCCGCGAGGCCUAAGAGCCGCCAAGGCUCUCCUACCGGCCAGGGUCCCGGGCGGUUGCGGUGGCAACAACAACAACGCCUCCGCCGCAUGGGGGGACACGUUCAGCCCGUCCAUGGCGGGAGCUGGCGGCACGCCCGUAAGCCCAGCCCUCUCCUCCACCCCGAGCACAACCCCCCCGGACGAAUCGGGGUUCGUCAGGAGGCGUUUUACCUUGGGGGGGGCCGACGACAUGUACGUCCACGGGGGCGGGGGCGGGGGCGGGACGAGCGUGGAUGGGCUGGGGGGCGGCGGUGGUGGCAUCCGUCAGGGUCAGCGGAGGAGCGUAAGCUUCGGGGCUAGCUCGGAUGAGAGCUUGUGCAACGGGGCGGCGGGGGGCGGGCAAGGUCCCGGUUGGACAGGCUCUGCGCUCUCGGUCGUCGCUAACGUUGGGUACGAAGCGUACGAGAACUACGUGUCAACCUCCGUCUCGACCUCCCUCACGUCCAUCAAGGGAGUGCUAGGUGCCGUCAAGACGAGGGCCAAGUCGGCCGUGGGGCUAGGGGCAGGGCCCGCCCCCAUCGCGGUAGAGCCGGACCCCCUGUAUGAGGCCGAGGUGGCUCGCAUCGAGGAGCUGGUGGCGCCGGUUGCCGGGUCUGUGAAGAUCAUGGAAUCCGCUGCCGUGCUAAAGCGCGGUGUUGGGUAUGAGAUGUCCCGGCUAGGCCACUACCUUACCCAGGUAGCCUCCCUCGAAGACACAGAUAGCCUUUCCGCCGGGGUCUCCGCGGAUGAAAUAGACGCCCCCGCCGCCGCCGCCGCCGCUGGGGAAGGCGAGGAACUAGGCGGAGGGAUUAGCUCGAGGCACGGGCGCGGGGGCGGCAGGGGGGGGGGCUGGGCGAAGGCCGAGCAGGUGCUGGGUCAACGGAUGGAGAAGUUGGCGACGGCGUGGCUAGGGGCUAUCGACCAGGAGGAAUGCGACUUCCUUGACCCCCUGCGGGAACAGCUGGGGUAUCUCGGAUCCGCUAAGGAAGUCCACCGCGGCAGGGGAAGAGCUCUCGAUGCCCUGCAGGCCGGGAACGCAUCCCUUCAGAGGAACAAGCAGCGUCUGCACGCGGCGAGGGCGCAGGGGGACGCCCACAUGGCCUCGGUGUCCAUGGGCAAGAUGGAAGCGGCGGAGGAGCGGAUGACCGGUGCCCACACCCGAGCUGGCCAAAUCGCCAAGACCUUCAAGGGCGAGGCGAAGCGGUUUCAUGAGUGUCGGAGGACAGAAGGGGUUUUGGCUGUACUGGAGCUUUCACGGGCGCAAGCGCACUUCGCCCACAAGGCCAAUGCCGCUUGGAAGCAGGGGUGGCGGGCGCCGUGGCCGGGCGGGCAACUGCCGCCGCAGGCGGCGGCGCCGGCGGCGCUGGGAAGAGCGAGGACGGAGCGGUAG